AUGGGGUCUCCGGAAGCUAACCUUUCCGAGUACAAAACCCAUCUUUUAUCAAUUUGCAUCAACUCCACCUACGAAAUGUCUUGGUCUGGCUUCAAGAAAGCCAUCAAUAGAGCAGGCAACCAAGUGUUGCUCAAAGCAGGCCAAAUUGACGAAACUGUCGACUUGGAGUUUGACUAUGAGGAGAAGCGCUACCGAGCAAUGGAAAAGUCAUCGGAGAAAUUAUACAAGGAACUUCGGCGUUAUAAGGAAACGCUCGCUUCGUUGUCUACAGCCCAGCUGAAUGUCAGUGACGUUCUUGCUGGCUUCUACGGUCAGGAUAAUGAAGCAGAAAGCAUUGCUAAAGAGUACAAUGAAGCCACUCGGUCCAUUUCGGCGGAGACGCUCGAGGGUUUGGGCCAACCAUUUUUGCAGACGGUGCUAAAUCCAAUUGAUCGGUUUAAUUCCUACUAUGUGGACAUGAAUGAGGCCAUCAAGAAGCGGGCCCACAAAAAAUUAGACUACGACUCGCUUCGGAACAAAGUUCGGAAGCUCUCUGACAAUCCUGACGCCGAGCCUGCGCUGGAGAUCAAAUUGAAAGAUGCCACAGCUCAACUUGCUCUGGCAGAGGAAGUCUACGAGCGACUCAAUGGUCAGUUGAAGUCUGAGCUUCCCAGGUUGAUGGACCUCAGGAUUUCAUACCUCAAUCCGCUGUUCGAAGCAUUCGUGAAGUUGCAACUACGCUACUUCAGUGAAAACCACAGGCAUUUGAAUGAGGUACAAAAGCAUGUGGACGCCAAGACCCGUGCAGACUUCAAAAGCGGGAAAUUGGAAAAGCGGCUCGACGACAUCCUUGGGAAGGUGAAGGAGCUCAACAUCGCCAGCUAG